AAAACCACAGCCCUUUGUUCCACUGCUGACUUGUUUCGUAGAAGAAAGAAGUGACUGUCAGAAGACGCUGGGUUUACAGAAAUUUUUAAUUAUUCUGUGACAAUGCAGAUUUUCGUGAAGACCCUUACUGGCAAGACCAUCACCCUGGAGGUGGAGCCCAGCGACACCAUUGAGAAUGUCAAGGCCAAGAUCCAGGACAAGGAAGGCAUUCCCCCUGACCAACAGAGGCUGAUCUUUGCUGGCAAGCAGCUGGAAGAUGGCCGCACCCUGUCUGACUACAACAUCCAGAAGGAGUCCACCCUUCACCUGGUGUUGCGUCUGAGGGGAGGCAUGCAGAUCUUCGUGAAGACCCUGACUGGCAAGACCAUCACCUUGGAGGUGGAGCCCAGCGACACCAUUGAGAAUGUCAAGGCCAAGAUCCAGGACAAAGAAGGCAUUCCCCCCGACCAACAGAGGCUGAUCUUUGCUGGCAAGCAGCUGGAAGAUGGCCGCACCCUGUCUGACUACAACAUCCAGAAGGAGUCCACCCUUCACCUGGUGUUGCGUCUGAGGGGAGGCAUGCAGAUCUUCGUGAAGACCCUUACUGGCAAGACCAUCACCUUGGAGGUGGAGCCCAGCGACACCAUUGAGAAUGUCAAGGCCAAGAUCCAGGACAAAGAAGGCAUUCCCCCCGACCAGCAGAGGCUGAUCUUUGCUGGCAAGCAGCUGGAAGAUGGCCGCACCCUGUCUGACUACAACAUCCAGAAGGAGUCCACCCUUCACCUGGUGUUGCGUCUGAGGGGAGGCAUGCAGAUCUUCGUGAAGACCCUUACUGGCAAGACCAUCACCUUGGAGGUGGAGCCCAGCGACACCAUUGAGAAUGUCAAGGCCAAGAUCCAGGACAAAGAAGGCAUUCCCCCCGACCAGCAGAGGCUGAUCUUUGCUGGCAAGCAGCUGGAAGAUGGCCGCACCCUGUCUGACUACAACAUCCAGAAGGAGUCAACUCUUCACCUGGUCCUGCGACUCCGUGGUGGCAACUAAUCAAGUGCAGCUCUAUACUUGCUGUUUUCAGUCUUUAACCAUUGUUCCCCACCCCCCCCCCC